UACCUGGUCGGCGGUUCGCCCUUCACCUCGCCUUGCAACACGUCCGUAAAAGGGGACAAGUCUCCACUCCACUACAUCUCAUCGCACAGUCCUAGAAACUACCCUACUGUACCAUAUUAUAUGGAUAUCAUAUAGCAUGUUGGCGGAGCGUAAUGUAACGGUAAUCAUUUAUGUGUGGGCUCACGAUCACAGCGAAUCAUUGUGCUGCUCCACGCUCUGUCCAAUCAUUUUGAUCCUCGAAUGCUAAUCAUAUCGGAGGCCUGGCAACGACUGGCAGAAUAUCACACCGUAUUCCCGGUUGACGGUCGUGGUAAAGUCUAUGCAUAGGUACAUUCAGUACAGGAUCCUGCAUGGCCUAGUAUGGCUUGGCUGUACAUGUUGGGUUCCUGCCGGGCUGCGGGAGACUAGCCUACAGCACAUCAACCAGAGUACCAGCAAUCCUCUCAAUCAUGUCCGUGAAGGCAGAAGUAGUUGCGAACGAGGCUCGGGAUGCUGCUCCUAGGGAGGUAAUUGAAGGAUCCGGGAGUCACCCACAGGCGGCACCUAUGCGACCCAAACACAAUCCUACAGGCCUUUCACCAGACCAGGUGUUGCAAAGUGACCGUUUUCGGACUGGCGCCCAGGACGGCUGGUCCAAGAUUUCCAAGUUGCUCCAACAGCACGACGAACGUAAGAUACAGAACUGCAAAGAGGAUAUUGAUACCCUUCUAGUAUUUGCAGGAUUAUUCUCCGCAGUUUUAACGGCCUUCGUUACAGAAUCAUAUACAACCUUACAAGAUGACCCAGCAGAAGCUUCAACUCGCAUUCUCUUGCACAUAUCACAUCAGAUCGGAAACUUCAUGCUGACUGCGUCAUCCGUCAAUUCGACUGCGCCGUCCAUUACAAUGCUGCCAUUCAAAGCAACGUCAUCGGCUCUGUGGAUUAAUGGCUUCUGGUUCUCAAGUCUCACUUGCAGUCUAGUCACUGCUUCGCUAGGAAUACUAGUGAAACAGUGGCUACGUGAGUAUAUGACCCAUGACAGUCUUUCACCACGAGCUCAAUUCCGAGUUCGAAACUUCCGAUAUACUGGCUUACUUCAAGGGCGCGUUUUCGAGCUCGCUGCUCUCCUACCCAUGCUCUUGCAGUGCGCCUUACUCCUAUUCUUUAUCGGCCUCAGCGAGUUUCUGCGUAAUAUCGCACCUGCCAUAGGAUGGGUUGUAACCGCUCUCAUUGCAUGUUGGCUGUCCUUCUUCAUCGCCACUACGGUUGCGCCAAUGUGUUGGUCUCAAUGCCCUUACAGGACUCCUCUAUUUACAGGCAUUUUGCAGUCGGCGCGAUCCACGCUUUACAUAGUUUGGAACUGGCUUCGCCUUUGGGGCUUUACGGUCAGAAGGCGUUUAGGCACCGUAGCCUUUAUGUUGCCAAGAAUGCCCGAUGUGGCCCUCCUACCAACCCUAGCAGCAAGGCACUUCCGAGUGCUCCUAUCAUCUAUUACGGGUGCCUUCGAAUGGUGGUACUUCUACUAUGUGGAGCAGAACAUCGCGACCGUCAAGCCCACCGAAGAGAGUCAAAUUCGUGCUGAUAGCUACCACGAUAUUGAUUUUCUCGUGGCAGCGGACGAUAUGUUCCAGGACGAUGAACUUCUUCAGCCUCUCGGAGAAUGCCUCCUCGACGUAGAUUUCCCAGAAGCACUGCAUUGCAUUCGUAAAAUAAUCAAACACCGUCGAAAUGUGCCGGCCGAGCCCACAAUCCUCAAGUCGUUCGUAUGGAUAAGCCCAUCCGCAACCCGGCUGCGAACCAUGGUGGUGAAUGUGCUUAACCACCAGGUUGACAUGAUGCUCGCGCAUGGGGAUGGUCAGAUAAUUAGGUGGUCCAAACAAAUGCAUGAAGGACUCAUGUUUGUCCUGACAUGUCCUGGUCCUCAUCCGGAAAACGAAGUCAGAGCAUUCAUCCAUCGCAUGGUUUCAUUAGGAAAGGUAUCGGCUGGAGCCGUUUUAAUCGCUCUCUGCAGCUGCUACCGAUACCCCGUAUUUGAGUUUGGAUUCCAGCACCCUAAUACGACUUAUAUCGAGCAUGUCCUUUCAGCUGGACGAGAAUUGAUUGGAUAUACUGCAAGUGGUGCUCCAAAGUCCACCCACUACGGUGACACGGUGUUGCUGGGUCCAGCAGACACCGUUAGGCUCUGCCACCAUUUAUUAUGCUUCGUCGUCCAUUGUCCACCUGUUGCUCUUGACGAUCAUUGCGGCAUUUUUAUGCAGGUCCAGUCAGAUAUUGAAUCUGCUUUACGAGCGUAUUUUUCUUGCGAAGGUCCCUUCAUCGAUGCUAUCGAGAUUGUCAGCUCGGCAAAAUUGUGUCUGGUAGACCUCCGUGUCCGCGUCCCGCAUUUAGUCAGACAAAGUUUGUUGGAGGUACUCUCUUUGUUUUUACCAGAGGAUAUGCGUGGAACACCCGGAGAUGGUACAAACGCGAGAGGGAACAUUGUGAUAAAGGCUGGAGAGAAUCCUGUCUCUGCCGGAGAAUUACGUCUUCCCCAGAUCCAAUAGAUUUCUCAUUAAUUGCAUAAGCUCGGAAGACUUGAACCUUAAUAAAAUAGCUUCGCUUCAAAUUUUUUGGGUAGUUUCUCAGCGGAGAUACAUGAAUUGAUUCCAUCUUUCCUUGCCUUCGUAGACGGUGAAUUUCAUUUCGUUCGGUAGUUGAAUUCUUUUU